GUAAAUAUUUAUUCUCAAACAAUGAAGUCUGGAAAAUUAAAAAGAAAUUUUUGGCUCACUGCCGAAAUCGAAUGCAUGCUUAAUUUAAUAAAUGAAGUGAGACUGUCACAAGGAUCGGCACACACUGCAACAACGCACAAUACUUUUACACAAAUUGCUAGCAAAAUGAAAAGGCACGGAUUUCCCAACAAAUCGCCAACUCAAGUGCGCAGAAAAUGGUUUCAAAUGAAAUCGGCAUAUCUUUGCUAUAAAAAAGGCAAUGUGGAUCGUCUAUUUUUGAUACCGGAGAAAUUUCGUAGUGUAAUUGCACAAUUUGUAGAAAAUGGUAGUAAAAUGCGACGUGCUUCCACGACCACACAACCGACUACUGAACGCAAGCCCCAGCCACAACUAGUUAAACCAAAGUCAGCUGUCAGCACAUUUUUGGCUCUUCUAAAGCAGAAUAACAAUUUAUUGAAUGUGGAAUUCAACACAUUGGAAGCGUCGCUUUUGAGCUAUGAGCAAAGGUGCCAAGCAAUGCGAGAUUACAACAUAAUGAAAUACAUGACUUCCUGAGUUAUUCGUAUGUUGUGCCAAUAAAUUGUUCUUCAUAUAAUAUAAUGGCAA